AUGACCGUCUCCAAACACGCAAAGUUGCUACUGGAUAGCACACAUUUCAGUGACAUUCGCAGCACCGUGAGGUCCCGGUCCAUUGCAUGGGAUGCAUUGGCUAGAACCGCCGAGAUCAGCGAAAAAGAUGCUGCAUCUGCUAAAAAACUUGAAAGUGCUUUGAUCAAGCAUUCCAAAAUCGCCAUCACGCCCGCAGAAAGCAUCCCAGCUGCUAUCCAUAUCAUACAAACCGUGCAAAACGCAGAAGUGAAAAAAUUCGUGCACAACUUGCUUGCAGAGCUUCUUUCGUCAGAAGAAUAUGCAGACGCGGCCUUUGACUAUUUCAUAAACAACCCUCGGGCCUUGGUGGAUCUUUUCGAAGCGUCAGUCUCGGGUGACGACCAGUCCAUUCUGCUUUCCAGCUUCAACGUGGUAUCUUUGUUGAUUCAGCCGGGUUUGCACAACCCAGAUCUGGUGGCAUCUUUGCUUGCAAACCAACGCUUCGUAGCAGUCCUCCAAAAUACCGAACAUAUGGACACUAGCUAUGUGUGCAUCAGAUUAUUGCAGGAAUUGUCAGCGUUGCAAGAAUACAGAACCAUCGUUUGGUCUGCCCAAAGCUCCUUCAUGCCCACCCUUCUUGGUGUUCUUCGGAACGCCCUCGAUUCCAACUCUUCUUCAAGAGUCGCUCCUACCAACAGUAACAACUUGAGCAUUCAAGUGCAGUAUUAUUCCUUAUUGACCCUCUGGCUCCUCACCUUUGAUCAUUGCAUCUCUUCCGAAUUCACUUCCAAGUACCUCAGCGAUUUCCUCAAUUUGUUGAAACUUGUCAAGAUCACGAUCAAGGAAAAGUUGUCGAGGUUAUGUGUUGCCAUCGUUCUCAACUGUGUUGCUCCUCAUGUCAAGGGCAACAAGGCGACAAUCCGUCAACUUCUAUUGCUCGGAAAUGCUUUGCCAAUCCUACAAUCUCUCAGUGAGAGAAAAUACUCGGACGAUGAAUUGCGCCAAGACUUGUCUACUUUGAAAGAACUAUUGGAGAAAACCUAUCAAGAAUUGACAUCCUUCGACGAGUAUGAAGCAGAAGUCAACUCCAAAUUGCUGGUUUGGUCCCCACCUCAUGUUGACAAUGGCUUUUGGUCGGAAAACAUUGAUAAAUUCAAGGACGAUAACUGGAAGUUGUUCAAGAAACUUGUGGCCAUUUUGACCGUUCCAAAUAACGAACCGUCUACCAAGAUAGCUUUGCAAGUAGCUUUGAGCGACAUCACGCACGUUGUGGAGUUGCUGCCCGAAAGUGUGGAUGUGUUGGCUAAGUUAAACGGCAAAGUGUUGAUCAUGGAGCUGCUAAACCAUCCCGACUCGAAGGUCAAAUACGAAGCCUUGAAAGCCACUCAGGCCUUUGUUGCCCAUACUUUCAGCAGGUGA